AUGGGAAUAAUCUCAAUAUUCUAUUUAUUCUUCAUAAUUUGGAUAUUCACUACCAAUAUAAGUGCGUAGAUAUGUACACCUAGCAAGGUUUAUGUCAUUUAGAAUUCAAUUAUUUCAGGGGCUUGCUAAAAUCCUGCAUAGCCAUCUGAUUAGAUUAAUAGAGAUGCUACAUAAAUUCCAUUUGCACCUCAACAAUUUUCAAUAUCUGCUUGGGUUCAAAUCUCUUCAACAGCAACGGGAAACUUGUAUUCUUUAUUCCGUUUGACAGAGAGUGCAAGUGAUACAACUCCAACUACAAAUCAAGGAGUUAGAUUAGCUGUCUUUAUAGACAGAACUUUAGGCAGUAGAAAAAUUUCGGUUUAAUAUUCUACAACUGCUUAAAUUUCUCAAACGGACUCUAAUUCUUUUGCUUUUUUAGAUGAUAAGUGGAUGUUUAUUUUUGUCUCCUAUAGCUUGACUUCUGGGUAUAUUUCAUAUUUCGGAUGGUAACCUAAUUUAGUUCCAGCAAAUGACAUAACCUUUACAAAAAAUGUUAGCCCAGGAGUAAAUUUCAAUUCAGCAUUUGAUACGAAUGCAGUAUUAAAUAUAUUAUAUUGGGGUUCAAAUGUUAAGUUUUGUGGAAAAAUUAAUAGGUUUGUUUAUUAUUCUAAUUAUGUAUUACCUUCAACUUCAACCCAAUGGAUGAUUUAAGCUCUCACAGAUGGUUCUUUACCUUAAUAAACACUACUGUAUUUGCGUUUAGAAUACUCAGAUAACAACCAAUCAAUUAUAGAUUUUAGUGGGUAAGCUAUCAGGAACGAUGCAGUUCUUGGGUUUACCUCAUAAGCUGAAGCUUCUGAUCCUGGAGUACCUAAUUCUCAAAAUGGUCUUACUUUAUAAUCUUAAAAGCUAGUAACAGUUUCAGAUUUUAUAUGGAGUGGUUAGCAGGGAGUAACGAUAUCAUUUUGGAUUAAAUUUCCUUCACCAUUCACUAUAACUACUGAUGCAGAUUUAACUGAUGCCGUAAAAGAUGUAAUUUUACUAUCGAAGAAGACAGCUACCAAUAUUUUAAAUGUUUUAGCAAAUUAAACUCCAAAUAUAAAACUUGUGAUUAAUAAUCAAGUUUAUACAGAUUCAAAGUCAUUAACUCUUAAUACUUGGACUCAAGUUAUAAUCAGCUUGGCUUUUUAUACAUCUUCUGUUCCUUAUUACAAUUAUUUUAUUUUUAAAUUUGACUAUGGAGAUUUAACUACCACUGGAUACUAAAAAUUAUACACAAACACUGUAUGGGAUGAAACUGUUUUGAACGGAUUCACUAUAGGAAGCACAUUAAAUUAGUUUGUAGGAAAUAUUUAAAUGAGCUAGUUAAAGAUUUAUUCAGGAUUAGGAGUCUAUUCUAAUCCUAGUUGCAUUUCUAAUUGUUAAAUAGCUUUUGCAAAAUUUUCAUCAAUCUUAUGUUUAAAUUGUGCAGCUAGUUAUUAUGAACAAUAUGGAAUUUGUUAUUCAUCUUGUGAUACCUCGGAGUUUGGUGCAAAUAAUUAAAUUGUUAAAACAUGUUCAACAUGUACUUCAACUUGCACAUAUUGCACAGGUACCAUAACGACUGGAUCUACUUCAAUUUCUUGUGUAGCUUGUGCACCAACGUAUUUUUUAAGUACUAACAAUUGUGUUAUAGCUUCAGCAUGCAAUCCUUAGGCAGCUAAUCCUAAUAACGGAUAAUGCUAAUCUUGUGGAAAUUCUGUUAUUGAUGCUCUCGAGUAAUGUGAUGAUGGUAAUUUCAUAGACUAUGAUGGCUGCACCAAUUGCUAAAUUGACCCUGGAUAUAAUUGUAUUAAUGCUCCAAUGCCAAGCAAGUGCGUUAUUGCUUGUGGAGAUGGAAUAGUUUAAUCUAAUGAGUAAUGUGAUGAUGGAAAUUAGAUAGACGGUGAUGGUUGUUCUAAUUGCAUAGUAGAUACAGGUUUCUAAUGCACAGCAUCUAACCCUAGUGUUUGUGUAUCGUUGUGUGGGAAUGGAGUUGUAAAUCUAAAUGAAGAAUGUGAUGAUGGUAAUACAAUACCUAACGAUGGAUGCACUAACUGCUUGGUUGACAUUGGAUAUUACUGUAGUGUUUAGCCAUGUACAACACUUUUAACACUUUGUGGAAAUAAUAGAAGAGACACAAACGAAUAAUGCGAUAAUGGAAAUACUACUGGAUGCACUAAUUGUAGUGUAGAUUCUGGAUAUUAUUGUUAAGGAGGAUCUAUUACUUCACCAGAUACAUGUUAGCCAUUAUGCCCGAAUGGAAAACUUGAUGGAAACGAAGAGUGUGAUGAUGGAAACAGCACACCUGCAGAUGGUUGUAAUGCUUCUUGUUAAGUAGAAACUGGGUGGUUUUGCACUAAUUCAUCGCCCUCUACACCAUCAGUAUGCACACAAAUAUCAAAUAUUGGAAGUCCGUGCCCUGAUAGUAUAAGAGAGCCUAAUGAAGUUUGUGAUGCAGGACCUAAAAUCAAUAAUUAACCAACUGGAUGUAAUGAUAGUUGUACUGCAGUAUUGCAAGGAUUUAUAUGUUAAGGAGGUUCAACAACAUCAAAAGAUAUAUGUAUUCCAAUAUGUGGAGAUGGAAUUUAAUAAUAUAAUGAGCCAUGUGAUGAUGGUAACAUUUUAGCUGGAGAUGGAUGUGAUCAAAACUGUAACAUAGAAUAAAAUUAUUCAUGUACUAAUAUACCUCUAGCAUAGUCAGUUUGUACUAAUCUUUGUGGAAAUGGUGUCAUUGAUCCUAAUGAGGAUUGUGAUGAUGAAAACUUAAAUAAUGGUGAUGGAUGCAGCUCUGAUUGCAAAAUAGAAAUUGGAUUUAGCUGUACUCAGAUUAUUGCAGGAGGUAGGUCAAGUUGUUUUUAAUGUGCUAAUAAUUGUCUACAGUGUACUAGCAAAGCUAUUAAAGAUUGUACUCUAUGCUUCCCAAAUUACUAUAGGAAUCCAGUGACAGGUUCAUGCGAUAAAGAGUGCUCGAGUGGUUAUUACGCUGAUAAGGCAACUUAAUCUUGCUUAACGUGCUUAGAUAUGAAUUGUAAAACAUGUUUAUCAAGUUAGAAAUCUGCAUGCGUUUCUUGCCAGAAUAGCUAUUAUAUAGGUGAGGGUAAUUGUUAUCAAGAAUGUCCUACUGGUUUUUACCCAACCCUUAAUCCUGUUUUAGGAAAUGAAUGCACUCGUUGUCCAUUUCCAUGUUCAAAAUGCACUAAAUCAAAUGAUUGUUAAGAUUGUGCUGAUCUCUACUUCCUUGAUCCCUCUUCAUUGACAUGUAAGUAAUGUGGAUUAGAUCCAAAUUGCUAUUCUUGUGAUUAGUAGCAAUCAAAGUGCUUAAAAUGUGCAAUAGGCUAUAAGGUGUCUGGUAAAUCGUGUGAGUCUUUACCAAGCGUUUGUGGUGAUGGAUACUUUUAACCUUCUACUGAGAAAUGUGAUGAUGGCAAUACAAUAAAUGGAGAUGGCUGUUCGUCUAGUUGCUAAAUAGAAACAAAUUAUGCUUGCAUAUUAAAGAAUAAUGAAGGCCCAUCUAUUUGCUACGAAAUGAGACCUCCUAAAGUUGCAGGAUAUGAAUCUAAAAUAGAUUAUUCUGUGAUUUUUAUAUAAUUUGACCGCUAAAUAUAAAAUCCUCCUGUAAACAUCACUCAGUAAGAUAUCAUCAUAAAGAUACCAGGGUUGUCUUCAAAAAGCUACAAUUAUACUAUGCAAUUCAUUGAUUCAUAAACAAUCAAAGUUUAAUUUAAUUAUACAAAAACUGUUUAAGAUUUAGUUGCAAAUAUUGAUUUUUCAAUGUCAUUUAGGAAUAAUAUUCAGGAUAUUUACAAUUACACUCUAGUCUCAUAAUUUACUCCUUUUUCUGUUGGCUUACCAUAUUACAUUUAUUACUCAAAUCAAGAAACACAAGCUGCCUUAGCUGUUUCUUGGGUUUUUAUUUCCUUUUCAAUUGUUUUGCUUGGACCGUUAUUUGCUUAUCUUUACCUAUUUGGAUAAGGAAGAGUGUUCAAAUAUGUUGAAGUAAUUCAAGUAAUUGGUUUGAUGAGGUUUUUCAACAUCAGAUUAGAUGUUUUCAGUUAUUAGCUAUUUUAGCAGGCAGAUUUAGUUUACAAUCUGAGAGGGAUGUAUAGUAUUUUUUAAGCUAUCCCUGUCUCUCCAAGUGACCUAUAAAAUUUUGCUGAUAAAGAUAAUUUAGUCAUCUAAAGACAAUUGCUAAAUAGCAGCUUUAUCCACUCAAUUUUAGGAACGAUAAUACUGUGUUUCAUUAUUCUUUCGCUCUUAUAGGCAAUAAAUUUGCUUCUUUACAGGUUUGUAGAAAUUGACUAAGUCACUCAAGUAACAGAAAAAAUAAAGGAAAUUAUGUAAUGGGAUGCUUACAUCAGGUUAUUUGACUUUAUUUUCUACUAUUUAUGCAUUUCAAUAUUCUUGCAAUUGUAAUCAACAUCAUUUUAAACUAUUUUGUCCAUUUUAAACUGUGUUAUUUGCAUCUUAUCACUUAUUGGAGUGCUCUUUCUCGGAGGCGUCUUGGUUAAGAAAUAUGUUUUUUAUCAAAAAUUGCACAAAAGAACAGAUUGGUUUGAGAAAUAUUUAUAUUUGUUUGAUGGGCUGAGAUUCAAUUUAAAAAGAGCAAAAUAUUACAUUAUUUACCCAUACAUAAACAAGUUUGCCUAUGCAGCUGUCCUCGUUUUCUUAAGUGGUAACACUUUUUACUAAAUUAUUUUGUGCACAGCUGUGAGACUGUUAAAUGUAAUAAUUUUGUUGAUAUCAAGGCCUUUUCAUUUUAAUUUGAUGUAGCGCCGUGAUAUUGCUUGUGAAUUAUUUUUAAUUCUUAUGAUUAUUCUUUGUUUAAACUGCACAAAUGAUGAGUCUCUUUCCCAACAGAAAAGGAUAAUGGCAAUAAUUUUUAUAGUUUUGUCAUUUGGUUUUAUUUUUGCAUAUUCUGGUUUAUAUUUAUGGACCGUAUUGCAGGAGGACAUAUACUUUGACCCCAUAAAUAUAGUACCUCUCAAGGCUAAUCCAGAAGAUUGGAUGAGCUAAUAAGAAAACAGUAAAUAAGAAUCAAGUAAAAAAGGAGAUGAAGAAGAAGAUUUUGAGGGUUCUGAUCCUCCUAAGAAAAACUAAAUUGUACCAAUCUAAGAAAGUCCAAGCCACUCUGAAAAUGUUUAAGGUGAUGAUUACAAUUUAGGUAAAAACCAAGCCAAACAAACUGAAAAUAAGGUAAAUAAUGAGGAAGAAGAGGAUGAAGAAGAUGAUGAUAUUUUUGCCGAACAUUAAAACGCAAACACAAAAAAAUUAACAAAUUUAAGAAGUCAGAACCAGUAAAGUAGUUCUUAUGUGUAAAAAAACAUAAACAUAAUCCAACAUAAUGAAGACUAGGAUGAUGAUUUUAGUUAACAAAAUGAAAUAAAUACCUAUUAAAGAUGA